GGCCGCGGUGGCGGGGCGGGCGCGGUGCCGGGACGGCAGCAGGACCGCUUUGGGUUGUUUUCUGUUUUUCGGCUGGUUUUAGCGCGUUUGUGUCUUUAUUUUUUUUUUCUUUCUUCAUUUUCUCGGUUUUUAAAUAACUUUUUAACAGCUUUUUCACGCUCUUCGUCCGCCCGCGGAGCCGCCGCCGCUCCGCCCGGGCACAUCCUCGUUCUCGGGGCGGCUCUGCCCCUCACCCCCUUCCCCCCGCCCCGUCCCUCCCGCCGCCGCCACCAAUGCUCAACAUGACCGAGGAGCACGACAAAGCGCUGGAGGCUCCGUGCAGCCCCGCGGGCACCACCAGCUCCAUGUCCCACGUGGACUCGGACUCCGACUCACCGCUCUCCCCCGCCGGCUCCGAGGGUCUGGGCUGCGCCCCCGCGCCCGCCCCGCGCCCGCCCGGUGCCGCUCCGCUGGGCGCUAAGGUGGACGCGGCCGAGGUGGACGAGCGCUUCCCCGCCUGCAUCCGCGACGCCGUCUCGCAGGUGCUGAAGGGCUACGACUGGAGCCUGGUGCCCAUGCCCGUCCGCGGUAACGGAUCGCUCAAGGCCAAGCCGCACGUCAAGCGGCCCAUGAACGCCUUCAUGGUGUGGGCGCAGGCCGCCCGCAGGAAGCUGGCCGACCAGUACCCGCAUCUGCACAACGCCGAGCUCAGCAAGACCCUGGGCAAGCUCUGGCGUUUGUUAAGUGAAAAUGAGAAGCGUCCCUUUGUGGAAGAAGCCGAGCGGCUCAGGGUCCAGCACAAAAAGGAUCACCCGGAUUAUAAAUACCAGCCACGGAGGAGGAAAAGCGUGAAAGCCGGGCAGAGCGACUCCGACUCCGGAGCUGAGCUCAGCCACCACGCGGGCACGCAGAUCUACAAAGCAGACAGUGGGCUGGGAGGCAUGCCCGAUUCCCACCAUCACACCGAUCACACAGGCCAGACUCACGGGCCACCCACCCCACCCACCACCCCCAAAACCGACCUCCACCAUGGCAGCAAGCAGGAGCUGAAGCACGAGGGCCGCCGCCUCGUGGAGAGUGGUCGCCAGAACAUUGACUUCAGCAACGUGGACAUCUCAGAGCUGAGCAGCGAGGUCAUCAACAACAUGGAAACCUUUGAUGUGCAUGAGUUUGACCAGUACCUGCCACUCAACGGCCACGCUGCCAUGCCAGCCGACCAUGGCCCCAGUGCCACUGCUGGCUCCUACGGCGCAUCCUACUCCCACUCAGCCACGGGCACUGGCGGGACCAACCAGGUCUGGACUCACAAAAACCCAGCCUCGGCAUCGCCAUCAUCAGCCGACUCAGGCCAGCAAAGGCCACACAUCAAAACAGAGCAGCUGAGCCCCAGUCACUACAGCGACCAGUCCCACGGCUCCCCCGCGCACUCCGACUACGGCUCCUACAGCGCCCAGGCUUGUGCCACCACUGCCUCUACCGCUACGGCUGCCGCCUCCUUCUCCAGCUCCCAGUGUGACUACACGGACCUGCAGAGCUCCAACUACUACAACCCCUACCCCGGCUACCCCUCCAGCAUUUACCAGUAUCCCUAUUUCCACUCCUCCCGCCGUCCCUACGCGACUCCCAUCCUCAAUGGCUUGUCCAUCCCGCCAGCCCAUAGCCCCACUGCUAACUGGGACCAGCCAGUCUAUACAACCCUGACGAGGCCUUAAAGGAUGCAUGGAGCCCCCGAGGGCUUCCCUGACAUAUGCACUAAUGAAGGAAUGAAGAUGAAGAGCGUGGAGUGCCGGAGUGCUGCGAUAGUUUCCGAAGUGCCUCCUGAGCCACUGGGAACUGUGCUCGUUGCGACGGGAUGUCCCCUUGCUUCAAAACUCUCAAAGGACAGAGCUCUAUUUUUCUUUAAUUAAUACAAUUGAAAAAAAAAAUUUAAAAAUGAUUUUUAAAUAAAAAUAAGUAAAAAAAAAAUUUAAAAAGGACCAGCGAUUCCUUUUGAAUGAAUGAAGGACAAAACCAUGCGACUCCUCUGUGAGGACUGAACUGAACUUAUUCGCCAUGGAAGUUGACAAGUGCAAAA